GCGGCGAAGCUGGCGAUGGAGAGCAACCUUCAGGGCAGGGCAAGGGAAGCUGGCCUCCCAUUAGGCGAGCCGUGCAUGUGCGGAAGGAUGGAGUAAGGAAGAGCGUGCUCCUAUUGGCCAGUUAAACGGUGGAGGGAAUGAGCGCAAAUUCCCAUUGGCCGGGAAAUAAAGGAACGGCGAGGCGUUCCGUUCGGGGCUUUGCGCCUUCUGAACGGGAAGGUUUUUCUCUCGGCCGCCUCGCCUGGACCGCAAAAGGGCUGCUCGUCGCCGGGUUUUCGUCGUCCGGCCCUGCUCGUGCACGCGCUUGGCGGGAAGGGGGGAGGGAAACGAGCAGGGCUCGCCUGCUUCCAUUGGUCGGGCCGCGCACGUGCUCGCGGUGGGCGGGCUUGAACUCUGCGCGAGCCUCCAUUGGCCUCGGGUUGCGCGCCCCCGCACGGAGCGCGCUCCUUCCCUCAGCUGUGGGAGGGGUGGGCGCCUGGCUCGCGCCCCGGCGAGCGCAUGCCCAGUGCGGAUGGGGCAGGCGGCGAUGGUGGAGCUAGGCUGAUGGCGGCGCAGGAGGCGCUGCGCUGAGGACGCUCCGGGAGCCCGUCCCCAUCCCGGCCGCCGCCGCCUCGCCAUGGGCAACGAGGCCAGCCUGGAGGGCGGUGGAGCCGAGGGGCAGCUGCCCCCCGGCCCCGCCGCCGGCCCCUCCACGACGCCCGGGGCUGCCAAGCCGCCUUCAGCACCAGGCAGCGGAGGACAGCUCCCUCCGGGCAGGGCUCCAGCCGCCGCACCGGGCCCCGCGCAGCCGCACGGACCCUCCGCCAGCACACCAAGAAGACCAGAUCAAUCGGACCCCUCCUUUGGACAGAGAGCAGCUUCCCCAUCCCCAAAACCGGCUGCUCAGACCAGCGAAAGCACAAGAGAGAUGAGGAGCCAUGGGCAGACCCCCCAACAGGCUGAUGGGCCAAGGAGGACACUCCAAGUGGACAGCAGGAGCCAGAGGACAGGGCGUUCACCGUCUGUGUCACCGGAUCGAGGCAGCACCCCUACCUCACCUUAUUCUGUCCCACAAAUUGCACCCCUUCCUAGCAGCACACUCUGUCCUAUAUGCAAGACAACAGAACUCACCUCCUCUCCCAACCAGCCAAACUUCAACACCUGUACACAGUGUCACAACAAGGUCUGCAACCAAUGUGGAUUCAACCCCAACCCUCACCUGACUGAGGUAUGUCGCACUCAAAAGACUUGUCUUCAGCUUGCAAACAGGCUAACCAACUGUGGCAGCUCCCAAAUAGUUCUUGGCCACAUUCCCUGGACACCAACCAGUCCUUUGAUUUGUAUGAAAAAUACAUCAGGGUUGCAUAACCAGACUUUGGGCCAAGCUAGACAGUAUGUGAACGACAUGAUUGUAAUUUGUGUUCCUUAAUUCUAACCCCUUAAAUUUGAUAAAAUUAAGUUAGGAUACUCUUAAACUGGGGUACGUCUUACUCUUCUAUACUUUAAAACCAAUUAAGUAUUUCUCUUUGUUCAGGUCUCUAGCGCCUAAAUGUAUGGGAUAGGAUAGGGUUGGUGAGAGUGCCCUUUAAUUUUCUAGUCUGGGGAGGUUCUCCUCUGACUCUUAUCAUCAUAAUUAUUUAUUAAAUCAAUGUGGUGCUUUUGUUAUUAAAUAGUUUUGCUUACUGAUUGAUAUAUGGUAUUU